AUGGUGAAAAUAUCCGGUUCUUCUACUUCAUCGAAGGGCGGCUCUUCGUCGGGUGAAAAUGAUUAUAGCGAUGUUGGAGACAAGGAAAUGGUGCCAGAUUUUGCGCCGAUGGAAGAGACGACUACAGAGAGAAUGUGGGUUUGGGGUUAAGAUGAGCAAUGUUUGAGGGUUCAUCUUAUAUGAGCAAAGUUUUCUUUGAAAAGCUUUAGAGUUUGUUUAACCUGAGCAAUUCUUUCAAAUUUUCUUAAUAUGAGCAAUGCUUCUAAAUUCCCCGAAUCCCAAUUUUUCCCGCAAAAAUUCCAUGAGUCAAACAGAAAAUUGGAAAAUUAUUAUUAUUGUUGUUAUUGUCAGCGAAAGAUAUUUUAAUGUUCGCCAGACAACAAAAAUCGAUUUUUGUGCCGUUUUCAUACAUGCGAAAAAUGAAAUAUACAAAAAAAUAGAAUAUUUUUAAUAAAAAAACAAUUUUUUUCAGCGCCACAUCGACCAAAGAAAAUCUGAAAGAUGUUAUUGUGAACAAAAUGACUGAUGUGAAAGACGUGGUUAAGGAAAAAGUUAUGCAACAAACUGGAAGUUGGUUUUUUUUUCUACUUUUUAUAUUUUUCAUUCAUCCGUGAGACCAAAAAAUAUAAUAAUAAUAAGAAUUUUUUGGAGAGGGUGCGAAAAAUGGGCUGAAAUUUGAUAGGCUUGUGUUUCGGCUUUCUCCUCUUUUUUUUUUGUUUUUUUGGGGGGAAUGUCUAGAAGUUUUUGGGAUUUAUAGCCAGAGAGAGAGAAUUUGAAAAUUAAAUUUUGUUAAGAAUUUUAGUUGCUUUGUCCAAACGUAUCGGAUUCAAAAACAAAAGUUUUGUUUACAAUUCGUUAAUUUUUUUGAAACAGUGGAAAAUUAGUUCUCAGAUUAAUUCAAAACUGAAAUUCUUGUUCAAUAUUUUUGUCUCGAAUAAUUUUUGAAACAGUGGAUUUUUGAAUUUUUUUAAAUAUUCUAUGAUCAAAAACAUUUUUAUUCUAAUUUUUUCGAAACUUUUCUGAAACAGUGAGUUUUUGAUGAACAUUAUAAUUCCAUCGAGAAAGGACGUGAAAUCGGAUUGAAACCGUGUUACAAAUUUUUAUUAAUUUUUUGAAACAGUAGAAAAUCCAUCCAAAUGAAUUUUGUUCAAAUCAUUUUCAAAAAAUUGUCAAAAUUCAAAUCCAAUUAACCGAUGAAUCAUUUCUUGUAAUUUUUAAAAAUAAAAUUUUGAAACAGUAAAUUUUUUCUGAAAUUUUGAAAUAUUUUUGAGACAGUGAAAAAUUAUUAUUAUUUUUUCUGAAUAAAGUUGAAACAAUUGUUUAUUCUUCAAAUUAUCGGAAAAAUAUUUUCUUAAUUUUUUUUUGAUAAAAUUUUGGAACAGUGAAUUUUUCUGAUAUUCAAAAAAUGUAUUUUUUGAAAAGUCUCUUUUCCAGACUUCUAAAUUCAAGUUCAAGUUAACAUUCAAAAUUUAAUUUUCAUUUUUUUGCAGUGCCUGAAUGGGCGUUCGUCUUCCUCGGUCUAAUAUUCAUUCUUCUCGUUCUCACAUGCGCUUUUCUCAUAAUUCGAAAAUUAUUCGGAAAAAAACGACACGGCGAAAAAAACAAAAAAGGCGGUUUGAAGGGAUUUUUCAGCAAAGGACAAGAUGUUGUUGAUGGAAAAAAUGUGCAAGGAGUUAGUUUACUACCAAAAUGGAAAAAUCCAAAAUGAAAAAAAAUAUUUUUUAGAUGGCUCAAGACUUAGAAGAACUUGGAGAUGCUAUGGAACAAAAUGAAAAAGCGCAAGCUGAGGAAAAAGAAGAAGUCAAACUUGGUCGAAUACAAUACAAACUAGACUACGAUUUUCAACAAGGACAACUUACUGUAACUGUUAUUCAAGCUGAAGAAUUACCUGGAAUGGAUAUGAGUGGAACAUCGGAUCCCUAUGUUAAAUUGUAUCUUUUGCCAGAGAAGAAGAAGAAGGUUGAGACGAAAGUUCAUCGCAAAACUUUGAAUCCGGUUUUUAAUGAGACUUUUAUCUUCAAGGUGAGGGAUGGGGUUUAGGGUCUAAUGUUAAUUUUGAAAUAACAAUUUUUUUGGAAUUUAAAAAAUUGAAUAAUUUUGAGAGGUUGAGAUUACAAGAAGUAGCAAUUCAUAGUUAUCCAUUUCAAAUGAAUAAACAUUUUGAAACAGCAAAGUUUUUUUUCGAAAUUAUCUUUAAAUUCUGAAUUGAGUCGAGAGAUUUCGUGGUCCACAAUGUUCUUUUUUUCUCGGAAUUGUUGAAUAAUUGUUCAUAUAUGAUCGCGAAUAUCGUAAUGAAAUUUUCAAGUUAAAGCUUAUAAAAAUUUUGAAACAGUAAAUUUUUUCAAGGCAAGAAUUUUUUGAUAAAGAAGUAUCAAUGCACAUAUUUAAAAGAACCAUCGAACCAGCAAUUUUUUUUUAAAUUUUGAUUUUUGGAUUAGUUUUCGAAUAUAUGAAGCACUUAUCAUGAAAUCUUCGCACUCAAAAAACUUUAUGAACAUUUUGAAACAAUUAAUUUUGUGUUACACAAUUUUUGGGUUAUUGUUCACUUGAAUUAUUGUUCAGGAAUGUAACUCAGAUUUAUUGUAAUAAAACUUUCAAAUUAAAGCUUAUGACGAUUUUGAAACAGUAAAUUUUUCUAACAACAAAUUUUUUUUUAAUUUUUUAUUCUGGAACGACAUGCAUCUUUGAAAAUUGAUAGCACUAAAUUUUUUUACCCCAAAAUUUACAACAUUUUUUGAAACAGUGAAUUUUCGGGAAUAAUAAAAAUUCUGAAAAUUUUCAGUUGACACUAUCAAAAAUUCAAUGAACAUGACCAAUACAUAAUAACAUUAUUCUGACUCCCAAAUAUUCAUUAAAACUUUGAAACAGUGAAUUUUUCAAAAAAAAACCUAUUUUUUCAAUUUUUGCAUGCUUUUCUCCUGAAACCCUUCAAACUUCAUGAAAAUUUUGAAACAGCAUAAUUUUAAUUUUCAAAUUUUCAGGUGGCUUUCAAUGAGAUCACUUCCAAAACUUUGGUAUUUGCCAUUUAUGAUUUUGACAGAUUCAGUAAACACGAUCAAAUUGGACAGGUUUGUUGAUUUUUUCCGAAAUAUUUGAACAGCUUUUCUUUUUUUUUCCUGAAACUGUUACGUCAAUAUUUUUCAAGUUGGGGGAACUCAAAACAUUUUUUUUGCAGGUUCUCAUUCCACUCGGAAAAAUCGAUUUAGGACAAGUUAUUGAAAAAUGGGAAGAUAUUGCACCACCUCCAGAUGACAAAGAAGCUGUUGGUUUUUGAAUUCCAGACAACAAAUAUCUGAAAUUAUUUUUGUUUUGCAGGAAAAAUCACUUGGUGAUAUUUGCUUCUCACUUCGUUAUGUACCGACAGCUGGAAAAUUGACUGUUGUUGUUUUGGAGGCGAAAAAUUUGAAGAAAAUGGAUGUUGGUGGAUUGUCAGGUGAGAAGAAAGGGUUGAAAUUAGAAUAUGGAUUGACGAAAAAAAUUGAGUCAGGAAUUCGUUGAAUUUUUGAAACAGUGAAAAAAAAGUUCUUCAAAAUUUUUAAAGUUCAGUUUAAUUUUUCAUCAUUUAUUUAUGGAUUUUUGAAUUUCAAUUAUCCCCAAUUACAAUUAAAAAUCCACAUCAUUUUGAAAUAACUUGAUAAAUCUUCAACAAAUCAUGAAACAGUGAAAAAUCCUUUUUUUCAACCCACAGUCAAACAUCAAUUAAUUCAAAAAUUCUUAACAAAAAACUUAUUGUAUUUUUGAAACAGUGAAAUUUUUUUCAAAAAAAAAAAUUGAUGUGUAUACUAAUCUUCAUUCAGAAAUUCUUGGAACUUUCAAAAAAUUUCGAAACAGUGAAAAAAUAAAUCUUGAUGAGAUUGGUUCUCAACCAAAAUUUCAAUGAGAUUUUGAAACAGUAAUUAUUUUCUGAAAAUAAACAUCUUACAAUGUUUUGAGUUUGAAGUUCUGCAAAAUUAAAUGUUCUUGAAACAGUAAAAAAUUUAAAAUUACAUAAAGUGAUUGGUUGAGAAUUUUUUUCGAGAAAAAUUGAAGAUUUUUGAAACAGUGAAAAAUGUUAUUGAAAAAAAAAAUUUACUGGGUUUACAUUUUUCUAGCUACAUUAGUUUUGAAACAGUGAAAAAAUUCAAAUCUUGCCAGAUCCAUACAUAAAACUCGAACUAUUCGACGAAUCCGGAAAACGCAUCAAAAAACGAAAAACCACAAUUAAACGAAACACAUUGAAUCCAUAUUAUAACGAGAGUUUUGUUCUUGACAAAAUUCAACUUCAUCGAAUGAAGGUCUUAACUAAACACUAACCUAUCACCUAAUUAAUUAAUUAAUAUUUCCUGGGCGGUCUGGAGGGCGGGCUAACUUCUUUGCUUCAACUAAUCUAAUUCAACUUUUAGAUCCUUAUGUCAAAAUUGUUUUGAUGCAAGGCGGAAAACGGCUGAAGAAGAAGAAGACAUCGAUCAAAAAAUGCACAUUGAAUCCAUACUACAACGAGUCUUUCAGUUUUGAAGUUCCAUUUGAGCAAAUUCAGGUAACGAAGCUUGAAACCUUGCUUGGCUUUUGGGGGAAUCUUUUGGGGGAUCGCGGGGAAGAAAAAUAUUAAAUUAUAUAAAUUUUUUUGUAGAAAGUUUCAUUGAUGAUUACUGUGAUGGAUUAUGAUAAACUUGGAUCGAAUGAUGCUAUUGGAAGAUGUCUUUUGGGUUGUAAUGCGACUGGAGCUGAAUUGAGGUAAUUUAUCGAUUUACAAACUUUAAAGGGACAUCUCUAUUCAACCUAAUUCUUAUAAUGCUUUUGAAACGUAUUUUUCUGAUUUUUUAAUUUUUAACUUUUGUUCGAAAAACAGCGAAAUUCAAUGAAAAAUAAGUAUAAUUUUUUCAAUAUUUUUUGAAACAGUGAAAUUUUCUUUUUUUUUUCUUGAAGUAAAAAUGCAAAAUAUUCAUUUUUUGGCUAUCUAACAAUAAGUUCAGCGGAAAUUUUUUUCUUCUGAAUUUCAAAAUUAUUUCGAAACGUAAAAAUCGCGGGUUUAAUUUAUUUCUGGUCAAAUUUGUUUUUUUUUCACUAAAAGCUUCACAUUAUUCACACCCCUAAAACAACAUCAUAAAAAACACAUUUGAUCGAGAUGGAAAAACAAGAAUGAUGUAUAUUUUCGGGGAUCGGAUCGAAAUUUCUUUCCUCAAAAUUAAUUUUUGAAAACUUCCAGGCACUGGAUGGAUAUGUUAGCCUCACCUCGUCGUCCAAUUGCACAAUGGCACACUUUGGGACCAGUUGAAGAAGAAGGCGAUAAAAAAGAUGACAAAAAAUAG